CUUGCUGCCUCAAUCUCUCUUUCACCCGCCUCGCUGAGAUUGACCAUGACAUUUGAAUCACCGGUGUCACAAUGGAGAGUUCGACCUCCAGCACUGUGCAGUCUCUGAAUGCAUCUGGUUCUUCCAGAGUACACGUCGGCAAUAACUACAGCAUAACGCACCACCAUGGCAGAGGCUCCGAGGACGAUGGGGCGAAGAAAUACCUGGACGCACUGCGCUCGACCGAUCCCCGUGAUGACAAAGCCAGGAUCGAACAGACGAAUGGCGGUUUGUUGAAAGAUUCGUACGUUUGGAUCCUUGACAGCCCCGAGUUCGUUACAUGGCGCGAUGAAAGCAAGGCCGGUCGGCUUUUGUGGAUUAGAGGGGAUCCUGGUAAAGGCAAAACAAUGCUACUGUGCGGUCUCGUCAACGAGCUGCAGCCUUUGACGAGGCUAGACGGCUCGCAAAACAGCAAAACAAUGUCCUAUUUCUUCUGUCAAGCUACAAACUCUGGUCUGAACAACUAUACAGCAAUAUUGAAGGGUCUCAUCUACCUGUUGGUCAUUCAACACCCACCUGCUGUGUCUCAUCUGGAUGACGAGGAAGACAAAGACCACUGGAACUACAAGGUGUCCCUUGAAAGCACUUUCCGCAAAAUAUUGGACGAACCAGGUCUUGGCGAGACAUAUUUGCUUGUAGAUGCCCUGGAUGAGUGUGUCGAAGACCUUCCCCUCCUCUUAGCACUGAUAUCCAGCACAUCCUCACGCGCCAAGUGGAUUGCCACCAGCCGCAACCGCUGCGAGAUUGAAGAGCUUUUUGGAGAGGCAUCAUCAAAACUAGCACUGUCUUUGGAACUCCACGAAGGGUCUGUUUCUAAAGCUGUUGACAGUUACAUCAACUACCGAACUCACCAUUUAGCUAAGAUUAAGAAACUGAAGAAGAGUACACUACAGCAAAUCUACGACCACCUAUCUCAGCACUCACAGGGUACAUUUCUUUGGGUGGCCUUGGUGUGCCAACGACUAGAGAGAUGCCGAGCCUGGGAAAUUCUGAGCCAAUUAUUACAGAUUCCCCAGGGCCUGAACCAGUUCUAUGCGAAGAUGAUGGACCAAAUCCACAAGUCUGCCAGUCGCGACCUCUACAUUAGAAUCCUUGCUGUCGCAUCAACGGUCUUCCGUCCUCUUACCUUUGCAGAACUAAUAGCUAUGGAGAGCCUGGAAAUUGAUCAAGAAACCCUUCCUGAUCUUAUAGCAGAAUGUGGUUCAUUUCUGACGACAAAGGAGAGCUCUGUCUUGUUCAUCCACCAGUCUGCCAAAGACUUUCUGCUUAAGGAGUCAAGCAAAUCACUCUUUCAAUCUGGGCUCGCGCAGCAUCAAUACGACCUUUUUCAGAGGUGUAUCGCUAUGCUGCAAAGCCUCCAUCAGGAUAUCUAUAGCUUGGUCCAUCCGGGAGUCUCAUUGAAUGAAGCGCUUCGGAAUUGUCCAGAUCCCGACCCAUUGGAAAACAUCAAAUAUUCAUGUGCUUUCUGGGCUGGCCAUAUGCAAGAGGCAUAUGUGCUCUCGCUUCGGGGCGAUGAAGAAAGCAAUAUCCCCGGGGUUGACACUGUUCAUGAUUUCAUUAACAAAAAGUUCUUGUUCUGGUUAGAGGCGCUUGCCUUAUGUCAGAACAUACCAGCAGCACUGAAGACUUUGGUAAUUUUAAGGGACUUACCAGGACAUGGAAGCUACAAGGCCCUGGUCGAGGAUGCCCUCAGAUUCUCACACUAUUUCUGCUCUGUCAUUGAACGUUACCCACUCCAGAUAUACGCCUCUUGUUUACUCUUCAGCCCAAACAACAGCCUUAUUCGCCGUCGAUUUAAACAAUACACCUCGAAAAUCUUCUCCUCAGGUCCAAAUCUCGGCGAUGAGUGGAGCCCAAUUCGUCGCAUUUUUGAAUGCCCCGAUGACGAUCUCGACAUCAAGACAAUGAGCUUCUCGCCUACAAGUCAGACGCUAAUUGUAACCACAAGCUCAACAUUGACCAGAUGGCAUGUCAGCCAAGAGCCUGUGCCCGAUAUCAUAAAAAGAGAGAAUGGCCAUAAUAGAAUUGCGCCGUCGUCAGAUGGGAACUGGCUAGCAGUCAUCGCUUCCACACCGGGUUCAGAGGCAGCACAGUCAUCAGCUCAAUGCGAACUUCAAUUCCACGACUUGGCCUUGAGCAGGAUCGCUUGGCAUCAAAAGCUUGACAGUCAUGAAGUUCUAGGCAUGGCGAUCUCACCCGACACGGUAGAAUACGCCGACGUUUUCCGCUUGAGAAUGCAUUGCCGCGUUUAUUUCAUAAGCCAGAGAAUGAAGAAAUCUACUUCUCCUUCUCAUCAGACUGCUCAUGGGUAGCGCUCUACAUGCACAACCGUACGCAAAUUUGGGUCCUCAAUUUAAGAACAGGCAAGCAGUACAUGAAUGCCAACUGGAAGGAUAUUCUCCCCAUUAAUGACACAGAAUUCAUCCCCGGUACAUACUCACUCAUAUUCUGCAAUGGUUCAGACAUCAUCUAUCUCUGGAAUGUUAUUGAGCAAAAUUAUAAAACCUGGAGUCGUUAUCAGCACUCUUUCUCUCGUUUAGCCAUCUCGCACGCUGAUUCUUGGAUGGUCCUGUGUGGAGACAAUGGACUCCUCAUAUGUGAUCAUGCUUGUCUCAAUGUACGGGGCUUCGUUGGUCUACCGGAUCUACCGGAUCUGCAAGAAAUUGCAAUAUCAUUUGAUGAUCAGAUAAUUGCAUGCGGGACCGCGAGUGGGUUAUGGAUCUUGGAUGCCAACACCGUUUUAGCUUUAGCUGAGGCUACAACACGUUAUGCUGAUAAAAAAGUCCUGGCCUUCAAUAACGGGCGGCUGAUAGCGUACAACGUCGGUCUCAAAAUUGAAGUAUGGGACGCAGCGACAGGCUGCAUGCUAGAUUCAUUAGUCUUAGACGACAUGGUUGAUAUAAGAGCCUGGACCAUCACAUUCUCGCCCAGGGAUUGCUACCUGCUAGUCGGCGGCCCGCAAUCGAUUCUAGGGUGGGAUUUGGCCGAUAAGAGCUUGCAAAGGAUCACGGGCUCUUUUGAUAGCGGACCUAUUGCAGUCUCUGAUAAAAGGCGUAAUGGCGACCGGUGGGCGGCUGUGUGUCGGUCUUUUCGCCAGAUUACUGUAUGGAAUGUGUCGACAGAACAAUGCAUUAGGACUUUCCGACAGCCAGAAAAUCAAGACCUGGAGGCUGCUUCAAUAGGUUUUGCCGGCAGCCAGUUGGGAGUUCUAUGGUGCCCCGGGAAGCUGUCAUGGGGUGAUUCCUUAUUUCUCUUAUACGAUCUUAAGACUGGCGGACACGUCUCUCGGAUCGAAAUUUCGCGCCGGCAGAUGACUCAUGACGGGAGACUUUCUCACUCGUGGAAACCAAGACUCGAGUUGUCUUCGAGCGGAACCUUCGUUAUGAUACAGUACUGUUCACGCUUCUCCUCAUUCCUCUGGAACUUGAGCAAAGAUGGUGAUUGUAUCGAAGUAUGCAAUAAGUUCCAAAACUUCUUUUUUCUAGACGACUUAACGGUGUCUACGAAUCAGGGAAUACUCGAAAUAGGUUCCAUUCAGUCGACUUCCAGUCAACCUUCUAAAAAGGUCACCGAGGCCAGGGUCGGAAUGAACAAAGAGAGCCAAAACCUCCUAUGUCAUAUGCACGUGGCUUUCAGUAAAUAUAGCCAAGGCCUGAACGGCGAAUGGAUAAAUUUUGACAACAAGCCACUGUUAUGGA